ACACCUGUCAUGGCUGAGCUCUCUUGAAAGCCAACAUAACUCUAUAAAUUUUAUGUGAGAUGUUGUGGGUGAUCUUUGAUUUGCUAUGGCUGCUUCAAAACUUAAUGACAGCCCUGCUUAAGGCAUGCAUUAUUUUCUAAGGAAACAUGGCAUUUCCUCUUGAAUCUAUUCGCCCAGUAACCAAAUCAUACCUGUAAUAUUUUAGGCUAUAUGCACACUAUAACAGAUAGCUUAUGUGCUGGCAUGGAAUUCAUAGAUAGAUAGAUUAGUUUAGAUAGAUAGUUUACUAGAAUAAAUGCACAGGCAGCCAGAGGCUGAAUUGCGUAUUUACAAAUAAAACUAAGCUAAAAAAUAGAAUAAUUUACUAUAUAAUUAAAAAUUCAUGCAUAUAAUGUAUAAAAGCAUUAAAACCAAAUCAUUUAAUUGUACUUUCGGCACGAUGACAAAAUGAAAGUGUUGUUAAAACAGUCCGUCUGCCUCUUUGGAAGUGCAAAGUUAAUAACUUGUUAAGUUUGUUAUCGUUGCUGCCAAGGGCAGCGUUUAAAACCUUGUCACACAUGUCCGGAUAGGGCUUCUAUCCACACAGAAGAAUGAUGAUGUCGCCGUUAUUUCUGUAAUGGAGCAAAUUUGCAUUGUGCCAAAUCUCUAAGGUUGAGCAUCACAUACUGAAUGGGUGUGCACACUAUACUGGCAUAUCAUAUUGGCACAAAAAGCUAUCAGGUAUCAGGAAAAAAUAACAGACUCCCAUUUUUGGAUAUUUUAGGGUAUUUAAAGAAUACCCACAAAAAUCCCAAAUUUGGAAGAGUGAGCCAAGUCCCAAUCAGGGAACUUGGUUGGGAAUUCCCUAGUUGGGACUUGUCUCACUGUGCCAAAUUUGGUAUUUUUAUGGGUAUCCAAAAAUGGGAAUCCGUUAUUUUUUUCCUGUGUAUAUAGUGUGAACAUAGCCUUACUUUUAAACUAGUGUGUUAAUAAAGUAAUUUGUCACAUUUUUUACCUUUAGUCCAUUAACCUUUAUUAUUGUUGGCAAUAAUAGUAAAAAGAAAAUUAAGAAACUUCUUAAUUUGAUUGAAAUAAUUACUUCAGGCCAUUGAGUCUAGCACAGGUCCUGGUAUCGGCCUUCGUGAUGCCUUGUGGGAGACAGGAAACACCGUUAAUCAGACUCAUAUACUGUGGUAUGACCCCGCCCCACAGUGGAAUUCAAGUCUGGCAUAUCUUUGGAGGCUACUGCUUAAUCCAGACUCUGGCAGAAUCCGCAUACGUUGGUAUGAGGUACGAGAUUUUCUUUUUAUUGAACAAAUCACGUAAAAAGAAAACAGUAACACAUUUUGGAGGUAAUCUAAGAACCCUGGCCUAUUUCACCUAGCUGUGGCUUGAAUUUAAUUUUUAAUCAUUAGACUUUUAUGGUUCCAAUUGCCAAAUGAUAAAAUAUUUAUUAACAUUUUAAGUACACUGCAUUAUGUUGUACAUUGUUGAUUUCAAGCCUAACUCCGCGUAAGUAUCACUUUGGUCUUAAGUAAAAUGUCAUUAUAGAAUUCCUUAAUUACAAAUCAUAAGCUAGAUAUGAUAAGUGAAAUGAAAAACACACACAUGUAGCUAAUUUAUUAUUUUUAAAUUAAAAAAAAAAACACAAAUAAAUGGACAAGUAAAAAGAUAUUCAGUAUGACAACAAAAUAUUUUUAGCACUGAACAUCAUAUAUUAUUGUAACAUUUUUGUUGAGUGCAAUAAUAAAAUUAUUUAUUCUGUGCUGCUUACAGGGGAAAAAACUACUGGCAGACUCAGGGAACAUAAUUGACAAGCGAUACAGAGGUGGUCGUCUCGGCAUGUAUGUCUACUCACAGACAGGGGUGUACUACUCAGCAUUAUUUGCUGGCUCACCACAGGUAACACUUAGUUGAAUCAUUUCUUUUGGAAAUCAGAUCAAACAUUCCUUUUAUGAAAAAUGUCAGUAACUAAUGUUUAUCUGUCAAUAAUAAAUCAAACAAAUUUUUUAAGUAACCAUGCAUAGUCAUCUUUGGCGUUUGCUGGAAAUGUGAUGUUUGAGAAACUUCGUCUCUCUAACAUUUACUACUGAUUCUUUCAAAAGAAAAAAAGGAAAAUAAACAUUAUAUUACGUGCUUUUUUUACAAAAGCAUGCUUGUUAAAUGAUGAAGAUCUCAAAGAGUCUCCAUUGCCUUUAGCUGGGGAUAUGCAUGAUUUGAUAGUUUGAUGUGUGGUGAAGGAAGCCAUCAAUUCUUCAAAUCGCUUUGCAGCCCCUCCCGGAGCGUGCCCCUGGACCAUGCUCCGGGAGCAAAAUCCCUCGUGUGUAUCGGCCUUAAGAGUUUUUCUGCAUACGAAAUGACAUUACCAACUUAAGAAUAUUUUUUUGCGUGUUUGGUCCAUUGACUGAUGCACGUCAAUCAUCUAUCAUACAAUAAGGCUAAAUACUUGUUUCUGGAUUCGCUUUGUCAUUUUUAAGCAAAUGCAGUGCUUGAAUCCGAAUUGAAAAGGUGCCGAUUUGCUCAAGUCUCUACAGAUUUUGAAUCCGAAAUCUAAAGUGAAUCCGAUGCCUUGCACAUUCGCAAAUAUGUUUUGUAGUGUAAACAAUUUGCCCAGCUUAUCCUAUACUUAGCUGCAUUUGGUCAUACCAGUUUGCAGUAAAACCAAAAAUGGAACUGUCACUUUCAUGAGUAUAGAGUGCCUUUUAGUUAGCAAACAUUAUGACGAUGGCAAGGGAAAUGAAAAUGUCCCAAGCUAUCAAAAUGAAGGUGCGUUUUUUUUCCUCCUCUAAUUCAACUCUCUUAAAAUGGCAAAUAUAGGUGAACUUCCCCUAUGGAAUCUUGGGGAACCCACCCAAGUUCAGCUAUGCCCCAGCACCUAAUACAGUAGAAACCUGAUAUAAUGAACCUCUAUACAACAAACUCAUCAGUAUAACCAAGGGUAGAUAUAAGGAAAAGAAGCUGGAUUAUAAUGGCAAACAUAUUUUGCCAGUCCCUUGGGGAAUCAUUUUAUCACACUUUUCUGUAUGUGGCAGUAUUUCACAGACAAACCUCUGCUUACGUGUCCACCACCAGUUCUUCAUUCCUUGUUGUGUUCCCAAGUCACCUUCUUCACAUCUUCAAACAUAUUGUAUAUCCAUUCUGAAUGCCCAUGGAAUCAACUUCAUUUUGCACCUCCCUGCUCCCUGAAACAUUCACAAUGCUAUAAUUUAAUUAUUGUUAAUCGGGCUGAAAUAAUACCAUAAAAUUCCGAAAAUUAUAUUCAUACGUAUAAGCCCCUCCAAAUAUAAGCCCCCCAAACUUGUAACACAGAAAACCCCUCCGUUAAAUUGCCCCUCCAAAUAUAAGCCCCCCGGGGGCUUGCACGUGGAAAAUUACCCUCAAAUACAAAGUUAAACAAAGCAAAAACGGUAAAUUUAAUUCCAACUUUAAGGCUAGCCCAAUCAAUUUUGAAGCGCAAAUUUCCCUCUGUAGAUAAGCCCCUCCAAAAAUAAGCCCCUCAAAAAGGGCCUUUGAAAAAUAUAAGCCCCGGGGCUUAUUUUCAGAAUUUACGGUAUUAGUAUUUUUAAAAUAUUUAUGUUAUUAACUUUAUUUGAUUGUUUUCUUAGAUUAGUGACUAUACUCUGAGCUUCCAAGGCAAAGGUGGUUAUGCUGAUUUAGGAACCUUGGGGGACAUCUUGGGAGACUUAAGCAGCAGCUUCACUGUGGCAGCUUGGGCAUGGCUUACUGGUGCCAAGUGAGUAUCAAUCAAUCAAUUAAUCAAUUAGUAAAUGAAUGAAUGAAUAAAUGACUAUUUAGAGGUUGCACAUGCACAUAAUGGUCUUCAUUUACCUUCAUGGUCAAAUUGGAAUUUGGAAAUGUUGGUUUUUGUGGAAAGAGACAAUUGGAGUGCCUGGAGGAAAACCUCUCAAAGUAAGGGAUAGAACCAACAACAAACUUAACUAACAUGGCGUCAAAGCUGGAAUUUGAACUCACCGGCCACAUUGGUGCCAGGUAAGUGCUCUCACCACUGUCCAACACCUACUCGGUUGUAGUGAAAAUGAAGACCCGAAAACACAGACCCCUGAAAAUUGCAAGUAAAAAACCUUUAGCAAAUAAAUCCUGUUUUGUGUAGAAUUAAUCGCCUCCUCAUUUCUCAAUCUAAUCUCCAAGCAAGUGAGACUUAAUGCUGCUGUAAGAACGUCCCUGUUGUAAUACUGUUUCCUUUGUAGUGGAAGAACCAUUUGUGACCUACCACUGAUAGACUUUGGGAACAGCACCCCUAGUCUGGGAUUUCUCCUGCAGUCUUCAGAUGAUGAACGGGACUGGCAACUGACUAACAAGAAAACCCCAUCGGGAUUCACUGGGCCAACAAAUGACCAUACUCCUGGCAUAUCAGGAUAUUAUGCUUAUUUGGAAACAACAUCUGUGAGCAAAGGGGAUAGGGUGUGUAUAAACAAAUAAUUAUUAUAAUAACAAAAAAUGCUCUAUUUGUGAGGAUUUUGCCAGAUUUUAAAACAAAGUUGCUCAAAAUGGCUUAAAGAUUUUGAAAUGACCAUUAAUGUAAUGGCAAACACUGCAUCUGUGAAAAGGGCCCAUAAUAAAAUGACUAAAUGCUGCUUAUUGUUGUUAUGAUUCGAUUAGUUACAGAUGCCUUAACAGUCACUUCACUUGAUCCUAUCAAAGCUUAUUGGGCAGUUAAAAAAAGCAGUCCACUCAAAUAUAAUAUAUAUUAUCUUAUUGGAUGAUUUAGUGUGUAGUGUCGUGGGAUAUUUUUAUGAGUCACGCUGUAUUUUGGCGAGCCUGUAGGUCGAGUGCAGUUGAAUAAUAAUGUUAUUUAUUUCUCUUACUGGUUUGAUUAAUCAUUUGAAUACACACUGUAACUUACAGUUUAUUUCAUGUGAAAAAUGGAGCAAUUAUUUUUGUUCCAAAAGCUCUGGUAUUGUUUUCUUGAAAGGUGUUUACUUAAGCAAUAGGCCACACUUUCUAUGGGUUUACCAGCGUGAUAACCAACGCGGGAUGUUGGGAGAACAAGAGAAAAGCUUAUAAAUCACUCGCCUUCGGCUCAUGAUUCACAAGCUUUUCAAGUGUUCUCCCAACAUCCCAAGUGGGUUAUCACGCUGGUUAACCCAUAGAAAGCGUGGUCUAUUGCUUUUAUAAAAUAACUUUAAGUAAAACAGAAUAAGUUUCAAUUUUCUAUGAGUUUACCGCACAAUAAACCAUAGGUUUUUAUCCAAUCAGAAUGCAUGUACUAUCUUAGUUAUUUUAUAAAAACUUAUUGUCAAACAUACCUUUCUCUGUAGGCCUCCUUUGAGACUCCAUGGUUUGCAACUGGUCUUGAGUGCAACAUGAGCUUCUUCUACCACAUGUUAAGUACUGAACUGUAUGGGUCUAAGAAGAUACCCCAAAUGGGGACAUUGACUGUGGAAGUAAAGACUGUGGAUAAAACAUGGUUUGCAGUGUUCCAUAAGGGUGGGGAUCAAGGCGAUACAUGGCAUCAAGGCAAUGUGGAUCUCUCAGUAAGUCUUUAGCAUUUCAUUUUGUCAGGUAAUAACAUUUAAGUUACAGUAUGUCUCUUCCUCAAUGAACACCUCUCCCAAAAAACCCCUACAGUCAUAGGACUUUUGUUGUUCAGUUCUUUUCUUUGACUGCAGUAUAGGUAGAGACCUCUAUAAGACAGACACUUACAGUCAAUCUGAUUGGUCUCUGUGUUACAGCUGUAGAGAGAGUUGACUUUAUUUUUAAUCUGUCAAUUGUGAAGGGAGGUAGAAGCAGUUACCCAAGGGUUUUAGUGAACUAAUUUCAGGGUGAUAAUUUUCAGGACACCCAACAAAAUAAGGGCAGAUUAAGGUUAAUCAAGUGAAAAGUCUUUGAAAUUACCUUUUUAAUUCCAGUUUUCCCUAUAGAUGGAGGGGAGAGGUGAGGAUUUUGAUAAGUGUGUUUCAAGCACUUAACAGUAAUUAGUUGCACUCUGAAUGUAUUAAUUUUAAUUAGUUGUGCUCAGGCUUACAUGUAAUUUUAUCUGAAUCUCUCCCAAAUCCUGGGAGAGUGGAUGCCUUACCCAGCUUUUUAUCACACUCCAAGCUGGAGUCAAGAAAAAGUUAUGAGAAACAAAAGUAAAAGCAAAAAAUCAAAACCAAGUUGUUCACUGUACACAAUAAUCCUAAUAAGUCCAUUGUACAAACAUUCCACCAUUACGGAAAGUAAUGUCCAAGGAGAGGAAAUGUUAAUACACCCUACAUAUGAACAAUAGCUAGUAAAUCACUGAAUGAAUAAAUAGUAAAUGAAUUAUUAAUGAAGAAAUAAUUCAGAGGCUACUAGAAAUAUCUCCUGAGUUCAUUGACCAGUCAUGCACUUUAUGCUGAGCAAAUGGAUACCGGCAGUUUAAGGGACUUUUUUACCCUGAACAUGAAUGAAAUAUGAAAAUUCAAGUCACUCAAGUCAAUUGUUGUUAGGUCCAUGUAGCUGCUGCAUUCCUUUCCAAUUUCCUCAGGCACGUUACAGUUUCUCAACUUUAUACCAAGAACAAUUUUUCCUUGAAUAGCAUCAAUAAUCUCUGAGAAAAAUGACUCAUUAAAAAGCUCUGGUGUGAGGACAAGGAUAACUCUUGAAACAUUUCUUGAUGGUUGUUGGUUAGUAGUGAUGAUAAAUCUAUUGGCCUCCAUCAUUGCUGAUAUCCACUGUUUCACCCACACUCUGUCCCUUUUCCCAUGGUAAAUGUGUACUUGAUAAUCCUCAGGCACUAGAAAUGCAUCAGCAAAACAUUAUUAUUACUGGAGAAUGAGAUAACUCAUCAAAUAUACAAUGUUCAUGCCUCCCACAUAAACCACCAGUGAAGCCUGGGUUAAUUCACAAAGGUGAUGCCAUUAUGUGGGUUAAGUUUGUUGUUGGGUCUCUCCAUUGCUCCAAGAGGUUUUUUCUGGGUUUCCAGUUUUACCCCCUCCUCAAAACCAACAUUUUCAAACCCUGUUUUCAAUUUUCAAGAAUGGUAGAUGAAGAACCACCUCGUGAAGUUACUACCACAAAUACUAAAAUAACCUAUUUAUUUUAUUUACUUAAUAUUUCCCCAAUCCAGGAAAAGAUGGUAGUCUUUGGAUUUGCUGAAUGCAUGUAUUUUGCGAUGUUGUUUGCUACAUGCUGACAAUAAGUUAUUACACUCAUGCCCAUGAUGUAUAGAACAAUGAAGAUGUGGAAUAGUUUUGAGUAUUCAUGUUGACCUUACAUGAGUCUGGGUCAGUAGAUGGCUUGGGUGUUGUCAUUCUUAAUGGAUAUCUUGCACUGCUACUAGGUGUCCAUUGACGCAAGUCAGGUUGCCACUGAUCCAUGUUGUUGAGUGAGAACACGUUGUUACCUAGGAGCCACUGCAGAUGUGCUGUUCUGUAUUUCACAGCUUUGUUCUCUCCUUGCUUUGAAAACUCAUCAAAAUCUGCUGAGGAUCAAAUAUUUGCUGAGAACACUUACCCCCCUUUAUGGACACCUGCUUAAUAUGGACACCUCUUUAUUACGGACAGCUUGAUUAGUCCCUCCAGAAAAAAGGCCUUAAAUUAUUUUCUCUAAAUUCAAGCCUCUUAAUAUGGACACCCCGUUAAUACAGACACUUUCUGUGGCCCCCUCUGUUGCAUUAUUUAACCCAUUCGCCCCUGAACCGCCCGUAACCGCCCGUGCGGAUCCAGGUCCUUUCUACCCUUUGUGACGUCAUCAGUUUUAACGGUCAAGGACAACUUUCUUCGCUAACUUGUGCAGGGUGAAGAGAUCUUUCAAACCAUACCAGAAUGAGCACAAUUCAGUCAAGGACACCGGAGAAAGAAGCAAAAAACCACGUGACAAGGACCUGAAAAUCUCCAUGAAAAUCUUGUUCCAUUACCCACCUACCUUUCCUUUCACCUAAUCCUAAGAUCCUAAAAGCUUUCCUAAAAACUCUUCCCACCAAAAUGAAGCCUACUAAAUGCCCAGCAAGAGAAAAAAAAAAUGAGGCAAGAAAAGCGAAAAAAGAAGGGAGGAGAGAAAGCGAAAAGUAAAAGUCAAGACUGCUGUGUCACUUUUAAACCCAAAAACUAUGUCGAAAUUUUGCUUUCUGCGCAUGCCCGAACUUCGUAAGCUGAUAUUUUGCAUCUGGAUCAGAAGGCCGCCAAGUGUACGACCUGUAAACCGGUUUGUGGUAAGUUUUAGCUCUUUAUAGCACGACAGUGACCAGAAAACCACUCGACUAGCCUCAAAACACGUUUUUCGGCAAAAUCUCCAGGAGCGAAUGGGUUAAAGGGUUUGACUGUAUUUUUUAGUUGAGAGAAAGAUUUUUUUUACAAAGCUACCUGGUCUGGUCUCUAGCAUGCACUUCUUAUUUUCUACCCUCUAAGGAGUUCUGUAAGGCAGGUUUACUGACCUAUGCAGUCCUUUGGAUAUCCCCUUGAGGCAGGACUCCUGUUGUCUGACUUUCUCUGAUUGCAUUUCAUUUGACUUCGCUGGCUGUCACAGGGUGAUGAUCCCCUUGAACUGUUUCUUUCUUCAGCUGGCUUUUUGUGGACCUCUCCACUGGAAUAAGCUUGACUUUUUGAAGACAUUUUUCAGUCAGAGUUUGAGUAACUGUAAAAAUAAAAAAAAAAAAAAAAAAUAGGAAAAACAAUACAUUGAUUUCAAUAAAUAUUCAUUAAAUUUGGUUUGACUCAUUACCAAGUUAAUACAGUUUUAACAGAUUUUAGGAUUGAGGACAUUAUUAGCCUGCAUAGCCAGAGGGAUCAUUCAUGCAAGGAAAGUUUUGGCAGAGAGGCUGUGAAGCAGCGCGGAGAGUGGGAAGGAGACGCUUUGAACUUGCACCUUCUGCACUUGCUUUUCGCGGCAAGCAUGGCGGCUUUGCUUCCAAAACUCUCACAUGCUACAACAAUAAUAACUAUUUUAUUUGGGAAUACAAACAAAAAUGUAACUGACAACUUCUCAUACAAUGUCCUAGCCUGCAAUUCUGCCAGCUAUGCAGGCUAGGACAUUGUAUGAGAAGUUGUCAGUUACAUUUUUGUUUGUAUUCUCAAAUAAAAAUCCACUAGGCUUUAAGCAAUUUUAAUUUUUUCACAGCUCCACAGAGUGUAAUACGGGGGCCCGUACCACUGGGAAAUUCUCAAAGCUGACUGACCACGCAGUCAACUAUUACUGUUAGGCAACAUUUAUUACUGUUAGGCAACAUUUUCUAUAAAGAGAGCUCCAGGUUUUACUAGUGAGUUAAUUUAAGCUUCAUGAGCAGAUACUCUGAUUGAAAACAAUUUCCUGAGUGUUUAUAAUUAUAAUCACUGCUUGCAUGCAGAUACUUGACCGGGCUCCUUGAAAUUUUUAGGCUGCAUACUAAAGAGGUCCCCCAAAACUUGUAGUAGGUGGUGGUUUUUACUUGCUUAUGAGUUUUUUUCUGACAGCCCUAUUAAGUAGUGACUUACUCAAUUCAAUAAUCUACUGAAAAAGUUCACAUUUUAAAUAUUAUUACUAGUUUAAAAUAAUUAUAUAUUUACUUAAACUUUAGAAUGUUUGACUUACCUGAAUUUCGUGCAGUAGAACUUCACACUAUUGAUAAGUUCCAUCACCAUGGUUUCAGGAUUUCACAUCAUUUCUUAUUUAUAGAGAACUAGUUUCAAUUUACAAUAGUGUGAUUUACAUACUUCAGAAUCUUGUUAUGUUGUGGGCUGAUGAAACAAAGUAAAAACAUUUUAUAUUAACAUUUCAUGAACAAGAUAAUAUAGAUCUAGAGUAUUUGAAAUGAAUGUUGUUUAAGAUAAAAGUUCAAAUGUUGUUGAAGAUAAAACUAAACAUAAGACUACAGUUAUGAACAAAGUUCUUUCUUAAAAAACACUCAGUAAUAGUCUCUUUUUAUCUGCACAAAGCAGUUUUGCUUACCAUUUAAAUAUUUCUGGUUACACACAUUAAUUUAGUGUAAAAAGGAAUGAUAACAAAUACUCUGUAAACAGCAAACUAGCAGAACUUAAAGCAGAACUUGGAGCAGAUGUAUACAUUGUUUUAAUUAGUAGCAAUAAAUAUUCAUGAGCUGUUGAGAAAUUAAUGUUGUGAAUUUGUUCUCCACAACACUGUUUUUUGGUACAACAUACUGUACAGGUGUAUAAAAAAACAAACCCAUGGAGUAUCAGGGUUUGUUAAUACUAUUCUUACAUGAAGUAGUGAUAAGAUAAUGCAUAGUUUCAGGAACAAACAUAUGUAUUUGAAUCCUGGAGGGCAAUUAAGAGAAAAGUAAGGUAGUCUGAUCAAGAACAAAGGAAGCAAAGUUUUUGGAGGAGCAUAUCAGGCUACCUUGAAAUUUCCUAGAUAAUUCUUUAAAAACUGAAGAAAUAAUAAAUUAUGUUUUGUUAAACAGUACAGUUAUUCUAAAAUAACCAUUUUUUAAAAUACUAACACCAAGUAUUUGACAGAUUUCUGAGAGACAUCAAGGUUUUACUGUAAUCAUUAAAUCUUGUGAAAAUGUUUUUUAUGAAAAGCAUUAAAAGAAUUAUUGCCAUUUUGAAAAUUUGGUAAAAAAGGUCAAUAAAAUAUUUUGCUCCAUAAUUUGUAGUAGAGAGCUGUGAAUAAUUUUGUCUUUGUAGAUCUAUGAGGGACUUGUUGCUGUUCGAUUCACAGCAGCCAGAGGAUAUGGGGGUGUCAGUGAUAUUGCUAUUGAUGACAUCUCGUUUAGGUAUUCAAAAUAUCUACUGGUUGAGUAGUUUUUUCAGUUAUCUGGCUCCUUUUAAAGUAAUCUUCACUUGAUUUUCGAAGUUUUCUGUCUCUUGUUGUUUUUGUCUAAUAAUGUCCUUUUGAUCCCAGAAUUGUCAUUUCCAUCCUUUUGCUGGCCUGAGGCUCGCAUUGUUCAAAAGAUGGAUAGCACUAUACACUGGAUAAAUCGCUAUCCAGUGUAUAAGUAUUAGGAAAACCAAUUGUGCUAUCCGGUGGAUACAGAUUUAUCCGAUGGAUAAUGCUAUCAUCCACCUUUGAACAACUUGGGCCUGAGAAAAUUACAAGACAAAACAGAUAAAAUUACUGAGAUAUUAGCCUGCAUGCAGAUGUCUGAAAAGUCUCCUACUUUCUCUGUCCAUUUUCUACAUGUAAUAAAGAAAGUGGGAGAUCUCUGCACACAGGCUACUGAGAUAUUACACAGAAGAAUCCUGUUUUCUUGAACUUCCAAAUAAUUUCAUCCAAACCGGACUGCCCCUCCACAGUUUAACACUUUAACUCUACCCACUUUCCAAAACUCUUGGUAAUUCAAGCCAUUUUCCUUUAAUUUUCCAUGUGUUUUGAAAGUUGUAAUUAUAGAGUAGUUCCUGUAAGUUGUGUGUUUUUUUUAAAAUAACAUUCUAUGCCACUAAAUACCUGUUUUUUGUCACCUGAAUCUUUCAGUCCAAGUUGUGGAUCCAGAAAAGUUUGCAAUAGCCCUGAUGUUAUUCCUAUCUUUGGCACCAAGGAAGGCACUGGUAUGUCUUGUGGAUUUUGUCUCUUUAAGCUUCCACGUUAGUAGCAAAUAGUGAUGUAAUGAACUUCUUUGUCUACUUCACAUGAAUGGUAACGUUUUAAUGGGAACAUAUGAAUUACUAAAUUAGUAAUAUUAUUAUUGUUUUAGGGGUAUACCUGUCCGUGAGUGGUGGAAAAAUUCAUGGUGGAUUGAAUAGCACACAAGUGGUAACAGGCAACUUUACGUACAACAACUGGACUCACAUUGCCUUGCAGUACAACAAUGAGACAAAGGAGAUGGUAAGCUUCAAAAUAAAUACGAAGCCAAUGGGAACAUGGUGGAAAAAGAGCAGAUUGUAGUGUUCCUUGGGCAAGUGACAGACAGUGACCAAGCUAGUUUAAGUAUAAGGACUAUAAAAUUAAAGACAAAAGGGCAAUUAAUAUUUUAGCGUCAUUCUGUAAACAUGUUAUUAUUACGUUUUUGUACUCGGUGUAUAUCUACUGGUAUGUGGCACAUACAUUGGCUUGUCUACAGUAGAACCUCUAAUUUAAUAAAUUACUGGACCCCUAUGGGUUGCAGCUCUUUCGUUUUUGUGCGAGGUUCCAUUUUUAACUUUGUUUGUUCAUUGUUUUCCCAACCAAUCCUGUGAGUUCCUCUGAGAGCUGCAAGGUCACCCCUUGUCUAAGCCAAAUAUUUCAACCAUAUAUGAUUGUUUUGAUUCAAAUUUUUCUAUGGUUUGAAAACUUAUGAACCACUUUAUUUUGAUUCUACAGGUAGGCAGGGUUCACAUAGCCUUGAAAAGUCCUUUUCCCCAUUUUGGGGGAAAAUAGAAGAAAAAUAGAACCAAAAGAAAUCCUUUGAUUCCAUUUUUGUAUUUACCUUGAAAAAAUCUUAGUGACAACCCUGAAAUAGUCUUGAAAAGUCCUGGAAUUUUGGGGAAGUCCUUGAAUUUUCUUAAACUUUGAAUGCAGUGGGCUGAAAAGUAUUUUUAAAUGCCAUGUUGCUUGUCUAAGACAGAAGUAAAUAAAUCAUAGCUCAGAGAAGUUAAAGGUGAUUUACAUAAAGCGCCUUUUGUUUUAUGCAAUAAUUAACUAUCAAUUUAGGACAAGUGAACUGAAAACUUAGAGAGGUUAGAGGAGCAAACUGUUCAAGCCUUAAAGUCCUGUUAGAUUGGACUGCAAAAGUGCAUUCUUGAGCAGUCUGUGAAAUUACAUUCUUGGUAGGUGGUCAUUGAAAAUUGAAUGUGAUCCUUGAAAAGUCAUUAAAUAUAUGGUUGCAAUUUUUUGUAUCAAUGCUGGGUAGAGUACCAUAAUAUGAGACAAACAGAAACAGAAGUGAACAUGGUGUCAAAACUUUUUAACAAAGGAAAAUUUGAAUCACAACAUCAGGAUGCUGGUUCAUUUCUUUUUUUAGGUUCUGUUUGUCAAUGGCAAAAAGGAGCAGCAGUUGAGCAACAUUUCAGCACCAUCUGUGCCUAAUAACCUCCUUGUUGGACAGAAUGGCGAGAAGUUUAUGACAGGACAAAUUGAUGAGGUAAUUAUUUUUUUGUGAAGAAACUUUGCAACUGUCUCAGAUUUUCUUCUAUUUUUCUUAAUAAAACUGGAAACAUCAAAACAAAUGAGUUCCUGUUGGUUUUGUUGUUGAUGCCAAAGUUUUUUGCCUACAGAUUCAACUCUGGGACACUGCUGCCAAUGUGUCAGCAUUCUACAACAAGUACUUAAAAGGGUCUGAGAAACAUUUGGUCAGAUAUUACAGGUAUGUUUUGUCUGUUCUUGCUGUUAACUCAGCUGCAUGCAUACUCCUAAGCUCAUCAUUGUACAGCCUUCAUUAAAAAUUUUGAGAAACAUAUUAACCUAUCAUCAAUAAUAUUAUUAUACUCUAUAUUCACUAUCUGUCUUCCCAUUGUCGUAGAGCAUACAGUUACUUAGCAUUUUUGGAAAUCUACAUAACAUACAGAUUAGUUAGUUAUUUCCCGGCACAUUACUCAUUACUCUGUAGGAGGUGUGCACAAUGCAUAAUUUCUAAGAGUUAUGUCAAACUGUGUUGCCUGCGACAUUGUUUUUGUUAGUGUUUCUUCCAAACAAUGUAUAAUGAUACAAUUCUUGAUCAAUAUCAAUUUCUUAAAACAUAAGCAAGCGAAUAUUAAUGUUAAAAGCUGACAUUUCGGUAUCAUCAUGAGAAUGGUGUCAUGAUGAUACCGAAACGUCAACUUUUAACGUUAAUAUUCGCUUGCUAAUGAUACAAUUAAUAUUUAUUAGAUUUGGUUUUGUGGUACCUGGAAUAAUCAAGGUCUCGGUAAGCAUUACCAGUCUCUGCUGAUAACUUAACUCAACCUUGAUUAUUUCAUCCAUCAUAUUUAUCAUGUUACUUAUUCACAGGUGUAACCAAGGAGAGGGGCAAAAGCUGAGAGACAGUAGCCCUGCACAAAAAGAUGGCUUCCUUAAUGGAACCCAGUGGCUCUCCUCAUCGCUAGAGCUCAGCAAGAUCAACUAACGGAGAUCAUAACCAGCUAUGACAGCAUAGUCAUCACUGUUUCUAAGGAAACAGCGGACAAGUAGUAGGUGAACAAAGCAAGUUUGGUACUGUGCAAACAGUUUCCUGGAUCCCUGAUUUCAAACAAAUGACUAGCCAAAGUCUAAAAAUGAGAUUAGAGAAGCUGUUUGCCUUGCAUACAUUAUUUAGUGACAUGUUAUAUAUCGUAUGAAGAGCCAGGUAUGCUUGAGAAAUAAUAUUAAACAUUAGAACGGUCUGUGUAGUUCUAUAGUAUAUCAGCUCUUUGUGUUUGAUCAUUGCAAAAGGAGUAAAUCAGCACCAGUCUAAGUGUUUUGUCGUAGAUCAAAUGUAUUAUAAUAUUUAUUUUACACUAAAGUGGAGGUGAAAGGUCAUCAGGGCUGUAGUAGCCCUUGGCAGCUUACCUUGCCAUUUUGGCUAUAAGAAAGUUACGAGUUUUAGCUGCUACAUGCUCUUACAUACAUACAUACACUUUCUUAGGACUCCAUUGACAUGGUUAUUCUUUCCUAAUUACAAUGGAGAUACAAAUAUAGCUAUAAAGUAGGUUAAUAAAGUAAAGAUACAGUGGUAAAAUAGUAGCUCUUUCUACAAAACGGAGUUUUAACUUUUUGGUCACAAAUUGUGAGCUUGUACAUGUAGCAUCUAUAAUUUACAACUUUUUUGUGAUGCUUAAGAUUCCCUGUGUAAUUUAUGCCCUGCUAUUUCCAGGAAAAGUUCAGCUUUUGCACAAAAAAUGUGCUGGGCACCUAAGAUUUCCUAGGUUGUCAGUUCUUUUUUUGAGCCCCUACAGUAAGUGUUUCAUAGAGCAUCACCUUGGAAAGUGGACGUUUAGCUAAGUUAUGAAGAACCCUCAAAAAAGUUAUAUUUUAGGCAAUAAGUGCUUGUACAAUAUUUGUGUGAUGAGGAUAAAAGAUGAUUGAGUCAGCUUGUACACUGUAGUGUUAUAAAAUAAAGUAAUUUUGAUACAGCUGUUGGGACUGAAAAAAUACAAUAUUCCUGCUGUGUGUAUGUAGUUGAAAAAAAAAACCAGGAAUUUCAUACAAUACCGUAUUUUCUGGAAUAAUAGCCGAAUAAUAACAGGGACAGGAUAAAAGAAAGAGAAAAUGGCCAGAGG